AUGCCACCCAAGCGUGCCGGCAAACACAAGCCCGCAAAUAUCAUCGUUGGGCAACAAAGACCGUCUGGGCCGACGUUCAAUGACACCUCCCUUGCGCCGUUCCUGCGUGCAUACACGCGCAUGAACAGUAGGGACGCUGGCGGGGGUGACAGGCAGUUCAACGAGGAAUUUUACUUCGCUCAACGAAUUGUUGAGGAGCUUAAUCGCUUGCGUGAUGCUCCCCCUGAGUUCAUCCACGACGUGGUGUACUCGAUGGCAAGCACACACGGUGAUGAGCAGCCGCUGUACCCUACGCUACGCUCGCAGGGCGCCAAUGACCAGAUGGCGUAUCAGAACCGCAUCAUCAUCUCAGUACUGUUAAUGAUGCAUGCUUCCAAUGACUUCCAGAAUGGCGGCGACGGAGGCGUGACGCGUGGAGGUCUGUGGCUCCCACCGCGUCUCCAGGCUCGUACUGCCCAAGAUGCAGCCGCUGAGAGAGGUCAACCAGUUAGAUAUCCCACAUGGUCUCGGGAUGAGGCGCAGGCGAGCACGCCAUCAGUUCGUGCGAACUGGACCUCUUCAGGCCAACCUCCCACGCAGCACCCUCAGGCGGGCAGCCUCCGUCCUCAGGGCUCUAAAACUUUCGAAAACCGGACCCCUGGCAGUGCUGUCGGUAGCCUUCCGCCCUUCUCAGGUUACACCCCUUCACCGUACUCGCCGUAUGGCCCGCCGUCUGCUAGAACCACAUACGGUCCACCGUCUGGAGGCCUUGGUGGCUACAACUCAUCCCAUUAUGGCCCUCAACAGUGGCCAUCAAAUUCCAGCCUCCGCGGCGAGUAUGGGGUGCCUCCGCCUCAUGGUUUCCAGCCACCGCACUACGUCCAAGACACACUCCGGACUAUUCCAUCACAUGCUCCUCCUGCUUUCCCGCAAGCCAACGAGCUAGUUCCAUACAACUAUCAAGCGGGCGGCGCCCAUGAGCUCUCCGGUCACCCUUUCCGGCAGACCUCACACCCGGGCGGUCGACCAAUCAUACCUCCCCCGCCUGGUCUUGAGGGUGCAGAUCAUCUCUCUGCUUUCGGUUCCGAGACCAACUCACCUGGGAGGCCUGCUCAGCCACCUAUCGGUUCUGACCGUCCUCACUAUGACAGUCGUCGCGAUGGAGGUAGUCGCAGCAGUCGCGGUGACAAUACUGGCGGCACACCUAGUCGCCCUGCUCCCGGGAGCGCAAGUCGCAGCGGUGGUUCGCGCAGCAGGCGCGAAGAUCAAGGAUGGCACUAG